AUGCACAACUGGCGCAGAUCCCAAGUAGCCCUUGGGAAUAUCAGAAAUGGAAGGCAAGGAAACCGCAAUCUUCCAACUGCCCAGAAUAUGUUAAUGAUGAGAUACGAUAUGGUACUGGAAGGAGAAGCACAAGCAUAUGUUAACAUGUGUCCAAGAAGCGGAUCUGCUCUCGCAAUACGUCCAGGGUCCGGUGAAAACUUCGCAAUGAUUACAGGAUCGGCAUCAGCUCUCGACGCUGCUGUUCGG